UUUCAGGGACUUAUAACGAUGAGAUACAAUUGGGAAGUAUACAAAGGAGAAAGCACAGAAUCUGAAGAUCUUCUUUUCUCAGCAAAGGAACCAAAUAUAUUAUCCUUGAAAACAUCACUUGAUGUCACUUUACCGCCAAACCAAAAUUCAACAGACAUAAUUAGUAGUAUCGAGCCAGAUUUUCGAACAUUUGGUCGUUAUAUCGGCUCUUCUUUCAAACUCUUUGAGCCAAUUCACAACACUCUUCUUGCUGAGGUGGUUCAUGAUUUCACAUGGGGAGGACUUAUAAAAGGGAGUUACAGCUUCAAAGUGAGAGUGAAUCCAUAUGUAGAUUUUGCGUUUGUUGUGGCGUUACUUGUAAUCGCGGAUGAUACUUCCAAUCUACGUUAGACAUAGAUUUCUACUAAUGUCAGUCACAUUUUGUUUA